AUGUCCAACCUAGAGAUCCGAAGAGGCGAUUUCCUCUACCGAGACAACUUCUUCGUCGACCUGGGCGAAAACAAAUGUCACCCUCGCGCCUCAAUUUCCAUCCUCCAGGACCUCUUAUUCCCGGGGGCCGUCAACCCUGUAACCAAAGAUCAAGUCGACCACUGGUAUGAAGCACAGUUGAUUCAUUAUGGUCUCCCGCAGUCCAAGGACAAGGAUACGGCCAAAGCGUGCCUCACAAAUGCCAUCACGUCCAACACGCUCGCUGUGCCAUCAUACCUCAUGCAGAUGGAAGCGGACAUGAAGAAUGAAUAUGUCUCCGCGGCGAGGAAGGCGAGGACUGCCGCUACCAAAAUGCAGAGUGCGACUUCAACUAGUGCGACUGUAACGACGAAUGGAAAGAAACGGAAAGCAGAAGACGACAGUGUCGGUGGCUCAAUGACAACAGUAUCCCUCAAGGUCGGCGAUGUUAAUCUGGACAUCGGUCACCAAUCUGUGACGGCAACUAUUGUCGGAGCUGGUGAAAACAAGAAGAAGAAAGUCGGAGAAUCAGCUCCGGUCAAGAAAUUGACUUCUAGGCCCAGAGUAACAACAGAUCCUGUUCCGGCAGUGAAGGCAAAAAGCGCAAAUGAAUCAACGGGAGCAUCAACGGGGUCUCCAAUUCGGCCUUCCGCAUUUUCAUCACAAUCAACAUCCCCAACCACUGCUUCCUGGCCCAGAAAAAUACUGGCCGGUCGACGGGGACGACUUUUCCCGAGUCCCAGCUCACGAAUUUCACCCAAUACGAACAAUCCACGCCGAUUCUCCGGCGAGACUCCGGCCUCCUUCUGCAACUACAACAACAAGAACAACCGCGACAAGGACAUUGAAAUGGUCGACGCCCCUCCUCCCUGUGACCCGAUCGAUUUCACUCACCAACUCUACUCUCCAUCUCCUUCUCCCUCUCGCAUCGGCAUGAUUCUAAUCCCAGGAACAUUCGCCAUCCGCGCUUAUGUACCCAACGAGUCCUUUCCCAUCCACGCCAGCCUCACACUCCGUAUUGACAAAGUGCACAACACGCUCUGGGGCCGCUUCAACAUCGGUUCGCGCACAGGGAUAAUUCGCAUGGACGACACUUCCGGUCUCGCGCGCGGUGAUACGGUCUCGUUUGGCUGGAGAGCAGAAGACACAAACGCGAGUUGCCAGACGAGGUACAAGUUUGGACGUGGGUGUAAUGGGUCAAUGGAAUUUGAUGGGCGGGGCGGAGUGCGUGGACGGUUUUUCGGUUUAGUUUAUGUUCAGGAUGUGGAGUUUGAGGGCACAAUGGAGAAUGAGGAUGAUGCACUGGAGGCUGAGGAGCUGAAGUAUCAGUGGGAUGAGUUUCUGAGGCUUGCGUAUGGAAUGGCUUGA